CGAGCUUCCUCAAUUUAUUUCUUUCUCAUCCUCAUUUAUACUUACAUUCAUUGACCAUGCGUUACGCGAUUGCUGCCAUUGCCGUAUUCUUGCUCGCUUCUCACAUUUCUGCGGAGAAGGCUCCUCCAACAAAGCUUCAGAUUGGCAUCAAGGCUAGAAACCCGGAUCCUAACUGCGUCAAGAGUAAGGAUGGUGAUUUGCUUUCCAUGGAUUAUACUGGUACUCUGUGGUCUAAUGGCAAGCAAUUCGAUACCUCUAUCGGUCGUGGACCUUUCACUUUCAACCUUGGUGAAGGAAGUGUUAUCCAAGGCUGGGACCAAGGACUGCGUGGAAUGUGCGUGGGCGAGAAGAGGAAGUUGAUCAUUCCUUCUGAUUUGGCAUAUGGCGAUCGCGCAGCAGGUGCACAUAUUCCGGCCAACUCUGCUUUAGUCUUUGAGGUUGAGCUUUUGGAACUCAAUGGCGUUGGAAAGGACGGGAAGAAGAGCGAUGAAGAAAGUGACAAGUCAUCUGAAGAUACUAAGGAUGAGUUGUAAAUUUGAUAAACUGAGUAAAAAAAAAGCCAUUCAGCGUAGCCUUUUUCGUAAAAAAAUAUUAAAGAAAGUGCGAU